UAAUAGCUUGCUUUCCAUCAACAUUGUGUGAGCUAAAACACUUUCUUCUCCUCUUGUCUCUUUUUGACACAUCUUCAUCAUCAUAACUUCUCCCUCUCAAGUACCAUUUUCUUUAAUAAACUUGUGAUGGAAAUUCAGUUCCAACAACCAAACCUGCAGCAUCAGAAAGCAGGCAUUGCAAUCACCAAAGGAGGGAAGUUCAAAGGGAGAAGCAGAAACAACAACACCAACAAAUUUGUUGGUGUGAGGCAAAGGCCUUCAGGGAGAUGGGUGGCUGAGAUCAAAGACACAACUCAGAAGAUAAGAAUGUGGCUUGGCACAUUUGAGACUGCUGAGGAAGCAGCCAGAGCCUAUGAUGAAGCUGCAUGCCUUCUUCGCGGAUCCAACACUCGCACCAACUUCAUCACUCAUGUCUCCUUGGAUUCCCCUCUUGCUUCUCGAAUCCGAAAUCUGCUUAACAACAGAAAAGGUAUUAAAAAAGAGGAGGAUUCUAAUGCUAAUGCCCCAAGAGUUAGCACCAUUAGCAGUGCUAGUGCUGGUGCUAGUACUAGUGCUAGUACCAAUACUAGUACUAAUUCAAGCAGUGACAAUGACAAUAACAACAAUAACAAGUCUCUUUCUAAUGUGGCAACUCAAAGUUCAAAUCUGUUUGAUGAUGCUUAUAAACCAGAUUUGAGCAAUUGCAGGGAGGAAUAUGAGUCUAGUCAUCAAUCCAAUGCUUCAUGGGGUUUUGGACCUGUCUUUGAUCGUUUUCCUAUUGCUCAAAUAUUGGAUAUUCCAAAGAUUGAUGAUAGCUUCACUGAUGCAGCUGACUUUGAGCUUUCAGAAUUUGAAAGAAUGAAAGUUGAAAGACAAAUAUCAGCUUCACUCUAUGCAAUUAAUGGGGUGCAAGAGUACAUGGAAACUGUUCAAGAAUCCAAUGAAACACUCUGGGAUCUUCCACCCUUAUGCUCGUUGUUCUGUUAAACUUGAAGGUCUAAAUGAUCCUACAUUUAUUUCUUCUCAAUGUCAUUGGGCCUAUUUACUUUAUUAUUAUUGAAAACUUGAGGAAGAUCCAUGAGUUGCAUUAGCUCCUUCUGAAAGCUCUUUUUCAAUCACUAUAAUGUAAAAAGUCUACGUGUUUAUGUUCCUCUUUUUCACAUCCUAAUGUCAAAAGUAAAUCUUCACGUCUUUUUGUAUCAAAGUCAUUUUUCUAGGAAUACGUCAGUGUGAAAGACUAGA